AUGACCAGAACACUUCUCAUCCUCUCCAUCAUCCCAUCAGUAGCCCUCACGCACAAGCGCAUCAUCGGCGGCUCCGAAGUCGCCAUCGAAGACUUCCCGUACCAAGUCAACAUCCUGGUCUACGGCACCUUCGCCGGCGGCGGCAGCAUCAUCGACGAAACCCACAUCCUCACAGCCGCCCACUGCGUCUCGGGCUCUCCAACUGAUGCAUAUACAGUGCACGCCGGGUCCGCCCUCUGGGCCUCUGGCGGGAUGAAAGUGAACGUCUCCAGUAUCACAAAACACCCGGAGUACGGGAAGCCGAUUGCCCUGGAGAACGACAUUGCGAUAGUCACGCUGGCUGAGAGUCUCACGUUCGGACCGUACAUGCAGCCUAUAUCCCUUCCCCGCUUGCAUGCGUCAGAUUCGGAUUCUUCCUCCGCCCUCGUUGCCGGUCAAGAAAUCGUCGUCUCGGGGUGGGGGGACACAGGCGAAGGCAGGGGCAUGUCGUCGACGCUCCACGCCGUGACUGAGGAAAUCAUUGAGCGGGGAAAGUGUGCAGCGGCGUACGGGAGAGAUAAUCUUCGCAUUACGGAUGGGAUGUUCUGUGCUGGGGCGCCCGGCGGUGGGAAGGGUGCGUGUCAGGGUGAUAGUGGUGGUCCUGCCGUGGCUGAUGGGAUUCUCGUUGGAAUUGUCUCGUGGGGGUACUGGUGCGGUAGGCAGGGCUAUCCAAGUGUGUUUUCGAGGGUUGCUUAUUAUCGGGAUUGGAUCACGCAGGUUAUUGGGAUCUGAGACCGGCUUUAGGAGAGAUUUUUGGCCAGCUCUAUCGGGUGGGGUCGGCCGGGG